AUGGAACACACAGCUCCAUCGAUCACAUCGGAUCUCAGUUGGAACACUCGAAUCUCAAGAACGUCAGUGUCCAGCCUCAGCUGUGCCCGAUUCUCCGCCGAAGAAAGUCUUUCCUCCCAUGGUCUUCAAGAUGUAAUAAGGACUCUGCAGACCCUGAGUCUCCCACAUUACCGUCUAGGAGAGCUGGUCAGAGAAGAGAGACUUGGACAGGGGGAGACCUAUGUUGUCGAGAGAUGUGUUGAUAAAAAGGGGGAUGCUCUCGCCGUAAAGCACCUCAAGGUCAGUACUGAAGCCGACGACGCAGCCUUGCGUCAACGAUUACGUUCUGUUAUCUUGGAGAUCAAAAUCAUGAGACAUGGCCCUCUACGAGCACACCCCAACAUACUUGACGUUCGGGGAUAUGGCUGGAAUACACCGCGAGGUCUCAUCGUGCCGUAUAUACUCGUCGACUACGCCCCACUUGGCACCAUGAGGGAGUAUAUCAGCAGAGUCAAGCCACCGCUUAGCCACAUCGAAAUCCUCGCGGGGGAUGUAGCGUCUGGCCUUUCGAUCUUGCACACAUGCGGAAUUAUUCACGGCGACAUGAAAUUGGAUAAUGUGUUGGUAUUCCCAGACUGGGAUCGCCCAGCGAAGGCAAUAGCGAAAAUCGCUGAUUUUGGACACGCUGUGAUUCUGAGCGACAAGAGCUGUGAAGGAAACCGUUCAUCAGUUAGAUACAAAGGGACUUCGAUGUACAAUGCACCAGAAGUCCAUACACAGGACGAUUACCCAAUCGAUCAGCAAGACCUUUUCAAAUGCGAUAUGUGGGCUUUUGGGCUUCUGAUCUGGGAGGCGUGUAUUGAAGGGGAUGAGUAUCUGUGUUAUCUCACAAAGCACGACCUUAUUAUGAAUGAGGCAAACAGCCGAAGCGCUAUCAAUUGGCAAUAUCUUCUCAACUACGCUAAAUCUGCAGUGCAAGGGCCUUCUAUCGGUCCAGCCAUGUUUCUGAGGGCGACUCUUCAUAUGACGUUACAGGAUAUGGCUAUGAAACGUGUGACGGAUGCGCGAACUAUUCCUAUAGGCACUCAAUGGAAUUCGAAACCUCUAUUAGAUCUUCAAUCAGACAUGGCAUUACACUUGGAAUCACCAACACCAACAUACGAGGCAUGUGAAAUGUUUCGUUUAGAUAGCGGUCGUGAAAUUACUUGGCAACACCAGCAGCAAAUCUUUCACGAACUCACGCAAACCCAUUCUAAGCGACUAAUUAAAGAGAUGGCUCCUGUGCUAUGGCAAAUUGCAUUGUGUCACCAUUUUGGCUUCGGAACUCCGCCAAACCAGGAAGAGGCCUUCCGCUACGGCCAAAUGGCUGCAUCGCAGGGCCAUGAGAUUGCGAAGGUCUUUGGAUGUCUUCUUGAUUUCAAGAGCGACUCACCGCAGGAACUCCAGAAACCAUACGUAUCGCAGAUUUUGACACUGCUUUCUUCCGAGCCUGAUCAUUCAGCAGACAUGCCCGACCUUGUCAAAGCAUGCUUCCAAGGAGAUUAUAUAGGCUUGUGUCAUAUUCUAGCACGGGGCGCAUCUGUCUUCUCCUCAACAACUGAUGGUUGCACAUUGUAUCACUGGUUAUUUGUGUUCCAAGAAAGGCAGCUCCUCCAGGAUAUCUUCGAAAGACUGUCAUCGAAAUUGGAUAACAACUCAAAAUACUUAACCUUCGACAAUAACAUAUCUCUGGAAGAUGUUCAUAAGGGCUCAAUGGAGGAAGCAACACAUCUUUGCGAAGCUGUCAACUAUCCAUGUACCACAAUACGUUAUGUACACAGUCAGUGGCCUACGCAGCUUUUAGGGACUCCUCUUGCCAUCGCCAUUUCAUUGAACUCCCUUGGAACUGUCGAGGUACUUCUCAACCUUGGUGCGGAUCCUUUCGUACCAGUAUACGAUAGCACGCAGUUCUCGGAUGCUGAUCCUCGAUCACAUUGGACCGCUUUUCAUAUCGCAGCAAAAUACCACUGCAAUGACAUCUUACUUCAUCUAGCGGGGAGCACGAACCAGGAAAAGCAACGAUGCCUUGCACCUCUGGCCUGUGCCCUAAGCUUCUCGUCCAAUCUAGAGCGUCUUGCAAUGCACAGGUCACAUCAUAGGAAACAAUUACGUUUGACGAUAGCUACUAUACAGAAGAUACAAACUCUUGACGUGGCAACAGAUACCGGCAUGACAGCUCUUAUGCAAGCCAUCGACUUUCAAGACAUCGCUGUCGUAUCUGAAUUACUCGAAGCUGAUCCACACCUUGCCCAUUCUCCGUUUCAUCAGCCAGUCAACGACAAUGUUUUCAACCUACCAAUCCAUUUCGCCACUCAAAUCGGUGCUCGACGUGACGACGAUAAAGCACUGUUGAUUCCGCAGCUUCUUGUAAACUAUGCCGACUUUUUCAAGAGCGAGGCACCAGUGCCCCGGGAUAGCAUGGGAAGGACGCCCCUUCACUUUGCAGUGACUGGCUCCUCAAACAAAGUCAGUGACUGGAUUCUUAACCAGCGAAAAGGCCUCCUCUAUGUCGAGGACAACUUCGGAAAAGUUCCGUUACACUAUUGCGCGUCAGUCUCCAAUUGUGAAUUGUUGCUUUCACAAGGAGCUACCAUCAACCACACCGACAAAUAUGGCAUCACUGCCCUACACCUGGCAUGUUACAAUGGGUCUACAGAACUGGUUCGGUGUUUGCUUCGUGGUAGCCCUGACCUAUCCCUACAUAACAACCAAUAUGGUACCCCACUACAUUGUGGCGUUCUCAAUGGAUCAGUCGAUACCGUGAUAUGUCUUCUGGAAGCUGGAGCCAUGGUCAAUGGUGUUGACCCGAAUGGUAACACCGCCACGCAUGUUGCAGCAAGGCUAGAGCGUCAUAGCAUUCUUCGAAUAUUUAUGCAAUACGGGGCUGAUGUUCAUGUACCCAACCGAAACAAAAGAACUGCUAAGAUCAUUGCUGCUAAUGCUGGGAACAUUAGUAUCUUGCGUAUCCUAGAGCGCGGUUGGGAAACCAAGGUUGACCAGGAAAUCCUGAGGCUUGACAGAAACCUCUAUCAUCUACCACAGGCCAUGGGGUCUGACGGGAAGCACAUCCCAGACUUUGCUUGGGAGGCCAGUGGCGUCCCAACAGACAAUGGGUCUUCCAACAAGGUCAAAUACAAUACAGACAAGACGGCGGAUGAGAUCAAACGUGCAGAUCAGUCAGAAACACGUUUUGAUCAGAAGCAGGCACUUAACACCCUUGAGGAAUUCUGGAGUCAUUGGCUCCCGUCACUGCUUCCAUAUGAUGAUUCGAUGUCUCGGAUAAAGAGAUUAGCCUCAAUGACUCACACCGGAAAGCUUUGGCAACCCGGUUAUGCCUCCCGCUUGAUCGAGUUCUGGGCACGAACUGUCCUUGUUAUAGCCGAGAUCUUACAAAAUCACACAUCAACUGAAGUAAUAACAGCCGUUGGUCAACUAGCCAACAGCGGCGAAAUGGACAAGUCAAUCGGUUGCAUGGACAUCUCCGGAUCCAGGAAGGCGGCAGUCUGGAUAGCGACUGAAUUUUUGGCUGUUUCAAUCGAAGCGACUAAGCCCCGUGAGGUGUAUCCAGGAAGGAAGAGGAUCGAUUUCAAAGACAUGAUUUACUGCGAGCUCCGGAUGAACUACAAAAGGUCUUGCGAUGAGAAUAAGCUAUUAAGCUUCUUUCCCGAACUCAAUUUCUUUCAUGAAGCUAAUACCGAAGAGGAGUCACAGCAUACACGUUCCGACUCUACAUCCUUCAAGCCAGAGGCCAUGCAUGACUCGGACUAUUUAGGGGCGUUUCUUAUGGCGGGAGGCUGGAACGAUUAUGAAGGCGUGGAGCCGAAGUCCUCCCCUGGUUCAAGAGCCAGUGAAUGA